AUGUCUGCGAUAUCCGAGGAGUACGAGGAAGAGAGUUCAAGUAGUGAUGAUCUGUUCGAGAUCAACCAUGAAUAUGAUUACGAGGGUAGUUUGUUUUCUUUUGAUUUUCUGAAAUGGAACGACAGCGUUUUUGUGGCGGUGGGGAAGAAGGAGUCACGCUCAAGCAUGGAUGCGCUGAUGUGGACGCUCAGGUACCUUGUUACUCCCUCCACCGUCCUUCAUCUCAUACAUGUCUUUCCUCCGAUACGCCACAUUCCAAGCCCAUUAGGAAUGCUUCCAAGAAGUCAAGUGAAACCAGAAAUGGUGAAGAGCUACGUGUCCCAAGAAAGGGGCAAGAGAAAGAAACUUCUUCAAAAGUUUCUUGACACAUGCUCUACUUCCAAGGUAAAGGUUGAUCUUCAACUCAUUGAAAGUGAUAACAUUGUUAAGGCUAUUCUGAACCUCAUCCCAGCUCUCAAUAUAACAAAACUAGUGCUUGGAACCGCAAAAUUAAGGAAAUCGAAGAAGAGGGGUAGUGGGAUUGCUGAUCAGAUCCUCCAUAAUGCACCGGAUGGCUGUGAGAUUAAGAUCAUCUACGAAGGGAAUGAAGCCAUUGGCCCGAUGAUUAGGUGGUCCUCUACACGCAGGAAUAGCAGUAAGUCAAAGCCAAUAUGGAUAGCUAUAUGCAAGUACUUCAAAAAGAAACUAUGGAAAAAGGCUAAUUAG